AUGUCCUCCAAGCGCUCCCGAGCCGCAUUCGAAUCGGACACCUCCGCACCGCCGCUUCAUGCUCCCUUUGCCUUGUACGGCACGCCUCUGCCUGCGUAUGACCCCAAGAGCCGUGACGACGGCAGCUAUGUGCCCGUGUGGAAGCAAGAGGUCACCGAUAAGCGUGGCAGGAAGCGUCUGCAUGGCGCAUUCACGGGAGGCUUCAGCGCGGGCUACUUCAACACCGUAGGCUCCAAAGAGGGCUGGGCUCCGAGCACCUUCGUCUCCUCGCGCGCAAAUCGAGCCAAGACUCCGCAAGAUGGAAAGCAGCAACGGCCAGAGGAUUUCAUGGAUGAUGAAGACCUCGCUGAGCAAGCCGAGGCCCAGACGCUCGAGACUCAGAACACCUUCGCCGGAUUGGGCAGCACCGCAUCAGAUGGUGCAGUUCGAGGCAUGUUCUCAGACUUGUUCAAGAGCACAGGCGAGACCAAAGGUGUCAAACUGUUGCAGCGCAUGGGCUGGCGUCAAGGCCAAGGCAUAGGGCCGAAGGUCAGGCGGCGAGCCCAGGGCGACAGAACCGGCCAUGCUCACCUCUUUGCCCCCGAGAACUCUCGCAUGAUCGCCUUCGUUCGGAAGACAGAUCGCAAAGGUCUCGGUCAUGCUGGAGAAGCACGGCUUAACAACCCGAGCUCCGUGCUGGACGAAGAUGAAGACAGUGGGGAAGAUGCCAGGAUUCUCAGAGCUAACCGUUCGAAGGUCACGAUCAAGCCGAAGCCACUGAAAAAGUCCGGUCUUGGCGUAGGUGUGCUGAACGAUGACGGGUCCGACGAAGAAGAUCCGUAUUCCAUGGGUCCCGCUAUCAAUUACAACAAGAUCAUCGGAGUUGACAGGAAGAAAAAAAAGAAAGAAGGCCUCCUUGCGAGCAAUGCCACUUCAUCUGUUACAAAACUACCAUCCGUGGCGAAGAAGCUCAUCCAGCGUACAACCAACGUCUCCAACUUCAGGAAAUGUCACGACGAUCGUCUGCCACUGGAUGGAUUUGUGCUAGCCACUGCUGCACUGACCGUUACGCAUGCGCAGGAAUAUCCACCCCCGGUAGUGCCUGCUGGUUGGAGGCCAGCUCAGCAGACCAACAACGUCGAAGCCAAGGCUGGUGCAUAUCAGUCUACCGCAGAUGCUGCAAAAGCCUCUUCCAUGGAUCCCAAAGGUCGUGCUGCACUGCUUGGCGAGCAGCCCCUACCCGGCAAGUCCAUUUUCGACUUUAUCACACCAGAAGCACGGGCACGGCUGGCAACGGCAACUGGUAGACAUAAUCUUCCCCAAGCUUUGGGCGAAAGUGCGCCUGCUGGUUUCCAGUCAAGUGAUGCAGAAAAGCAUCGCACUCUGUGGGAUCUUGUUCCACGCCUUGACAAGCAGACGGCAGCGUCGGCAUUACAGCGUGGCAAUACUGGAUGGAUGCCUUAUGCCGAAGAUGAAGGGAAACGCGCCAGAUACAAAUAUUUUCUGGAACUCAAUACAGGCCUGCGGUCCAACUUGCCUGAGCGCCCAAGCACGCUCUCGCUUGAUGAAUGGAGUAAGGAGAUGCGCGAAUUCUCUGAAGCAGCAGAGAUCUUCAAGCCUAUGUCCGGACUGAUGGCCAGUCGCUUCAAAUCCUCAACGAGUGCUGGACCAAAACUGGCAUCUGACGCGGCAGACGCUGCACCACCGACUCCGGCCAAGGAAGAAGAUCCGGCAGAAAAAGCAGCUAAAUUAGGCAUGUACGGCCCCAUGACUCGCUCGAGGCAGGCGUUUCAUCCUACACGGCUGCUCUGCAAACGCUUCAACGUGAAGCCACCAGCAAAUGUUGCAGCAGGCGGCGUAGCCGAAGCAGAUGCGGCACUUGUGGAUAAGAGUCGAAGGCUAGACGUGGUCAGUCAAGCAAGUCUCGAUCGAAUGAUGAUGGAGACCAGCUUUAAACCGACAGGAUUCGUGUCUCAAGGCACCGAAGGCCCUUCCACAGAGACGCAAGGCGUCGAGCCGUCCACAAUGCAGCCUAUUAAUGUAGACGCAGAACGCAAUGAGGCUCUCGAAGGAAAGCGCGCAGGAGACGAAGUCUUCAAAGCAAUCUUCGGCAGCGACGAUGAAGAUGACUAG